GAAAAGGUGGUUGGCAUUUGCGCCUCACGUUCGGCUGGAGAAGGUUGUACUGCCCUCGCGGAAGAAGCUGUUUGAAGAAAAUUCGUUCGUUACCGUUAAUCAGACAGUUUCAGUUAUUUUAGGUUUUCGAAGUUUUGCAGCGUCGUACCGAUAAAAACUUCUGCGGGGUAAGUGCCUCAGUUGAUCCAUAAGUGAGUUUCUUCUGACUUGCACAAACUUUAAAAAACAUGGUGGACCACCAAUCCAUUCUAACGCCGACGAAAACUUUCAUGACCUCCGUCGGUUUUUGGAAAUACCCCCACCAAAAGUAUCCAGCAAGAUACUUCUACAACCUUUACUCGGCCUUGUUCGUAUUCUAUUUCUCCCUCUACGCUAUGUGCUUAUACAUUAAGUUCAUCAUAACGAUGGCCACCACGUCCACCCUAAACCCCGAGGUCAUCAAGCAACUGGCUUACGUCAUCAGUUACCUAAUGACGACGUACAUGAUAGUUGUGUGCCGCGGCGCCAGCUUCAACGACGUCAUAGCCGACAUCGUCUUGGAGGAACGACGCCUGAUGGCGUAUGGCGACGGCGAUGUUAUGAAGUCUCAUUUUCAACACAUCCGAUGGGAUAAUUGGAUCAUUCUUCUUUUCGCGGUGUUCACUAUCGGCACUGGAUUUGCACUGGCGUUAGAGAAUUGCCUGCAGAAUGUCGAGAGGGCGCGCUACAAUAGACACCACAACACCACCCUGGAAAGGCCCUUGCUAGUGGAGCUCUACUAUUUCAAAAUAAACAAACACAAACGAGCAAAUUUGCUGCUGGUCGCCUCCGAGAUCUCCCUAGCGUGCAACAUGCUAAUGAUAUUAGCGUCCAAGAUCAGUGUAUAUACCUGCAUCAUAUUCGCAUCAUCCAUACUCAAAAUAGUCCAGAUAAGAUUCAGGAAAAUGGGUUUAGGUCAGGCAGAUACGCUGGCAGCUUUGAGGCGACUAGUGGGGGAACAUCAGCGAGUGAUCGGGUUUGUAGAUAAGUUAAAUUGUUCGAUAAAAUACCUGACAUUGCUGGAGUAUCUCUUGAACUCGCUGAAUGUGGCGGCAGUCUCCAUUCAGAUUAUUACGUACGACAAGAAGAUGCUGCUGACACCUGUCUUCUACCUGUGUUUUCUGCUAGUUCAGAUUUUCAUUAUGGGCAUGGGCGCCAACGAAAUUAAAGUUCAGAGUCUUGCUUUAUCAGACGCCAUAUACUCCAGUCCAUGGCACGAGCAAAGCGAAAAAGUUAAGAAAAUAUUACUGACCGUCAUAGCCCGAACUCAGAUACCCUUGAAGUUAACCAUAGGUCCUUUCGGACCCAUGGUCAUAGAAUCUGCCAUCGCCAUCUGCAAGGCAUCCUACUCAUACGUCACCCUGAUGAUGCACGACGUCCGAUAAAUGACGGCAGGGUUCAUUUUUAACUCCACCGGAAUACCAAAGGUUUCCAGAACUACGUCAACUUUGAAAAAAUCACUUAAUGAAUGACUAGACGAAAUUUGUACUCGAACCUAAAUAACACUCUGUAAAGA